AUGGGAGAGAAAGACCAUCUCCAUCUAUCUGCAAUCACAACUAUCUUGCUAAGAAUAUUGCUCUUAUACAAACUCCUCACCUCAAUCUUCCUUUACUUGGUCCCCAAGAAGCUGAGGACUUACCUCCCAUCUUCUUGGUACCACCAACCACAACAUCACCACCAACAAAAACAAAUCCCCAAACGAGUAAUGGACUCGAACGAGCUCAAACGCGUGUUCCAAAUGUUCGACAAAAACGGAGAUGGAUGGAUCACGAGAGACGAGCUAAGCGGGUCUCUCGAGAAUAUGGGCAUUUUCAUCCCGGACGAUGAGCUGGCACUCAUGAUCGGCAAAAUUGACGCCAAUGGAGACGGGUUUGUUGACAUGGACGAAUUCGAGGCCCUUUACCGGAACAUAAUAAUAACCGGCGAACGGGACAUGGAUGGAGAGGAAGAUAUAAGGGAGGCUUUUAACGUGUUUGACAUUAAUGGAGAUGGGUUUAUAACGGCAGAUGAGCUGAGGUCAGUGCUAGCGGGAUUGGGGCUCGAGCAAGGAAGAGCUGCAGAGGAUUGUAGGAAGAUGAUUAUGAAGGUGGAUGCUGAUGGAGAUGGGAUGGUUGAUUUUUCCGAGUUCAAGCGGAUGAUGAGAGGGGGAGGUCGGACCCUCAGAGGUUUAAAGCCAGAGCUAAGUCGAACUAAGGAAUCCCUUCAGCAGGUCUCUGGAGUGAAAAACUUCCGGCCAUCUGCAAAAGUUGUUAGUUGUUAA